AUGAGCUUUACCGUAAAGCCGUUAUGGGACGAUGAAAAUGAUGUUCAGGAGUUUCCAUUUGAUGGUGUUUACGCGGGGGAUGUUCCCCAAAGAAAGGAACAUGUUCAGACCGUGAAGCGGCAGCCGAAGCGCCGAGGGCUAUGGUACGCCUGCUUCGCACCACCUCGUGCAGAUGAGCCGGCACCUACGGGCCCUUCGCGUUCUUUGCCGUCGCGGCUACGGCUGACAGCUCGCCAGCUAGAGUAUCGGCGCACAGGGUCUCCUGAGGCAAGGCAUGUACCACUCUCUGACAUCCGAGAUGUCCAGGUCAAAUGGAUUCAUGCGGGAGGAGUCCGGGUGUCGAAGGUCACGAUUUCGGUGGAAUCCGGCAAGGAGCCCGUGGUCAUCAGGGGCCUUAAGAACCCUGAAGAUCUGGCGGACGCCGUCAAAAAACUACAACAGACUGUUGUGGAACAUCCGGACGCGGCGCGGCAUGCGCAUCAAGGCGACGGGGCGGAUGCUGGGGAAGGCGAUGGUCAAGCGGCAGGUGGCCAUGAUGCGCCGGCUUCGCCUUACAAGCGCAUGACGCCGCGUGCACUCUUUGCUGAUGCCUCCGGCAGCCCGAGGUCAGCAGUAAACGGCGGGUGCCGCAGCAUGACUCUGCUCAGCGCCUUCGCCCGCAGCCCAGCGCAGGAUUUUGCGGGCGCCGACUCCGUUGCCCGGGAGAUACAGCUAGCCUCGCCCCGGGAUGAGGACUCCAGCUACGGUUCCUUUGAAGAAGUCAGCGACUCGGUGGAAACGGCAUCAAGCGAGAGUGGUUGCGGCAAACCGCUAGCAGCUUCCGCCCUGCCUGCAGCGAAGCGGCCGUCCACGAUGGGCGUGCACAAUGCAUUGGUGCAAGUAGCCGCACCACCUCGGCAGGCCAGCGACUCGUUUGUUCUGCCAACGAACCUGAUGCUACCAGACAUGGCGCAAACUCGGACAUCGCACCACCCUUCGCUGCCACUAGGGCGGAGCCCCGACAAGUCUGGGGCGGCGUCUGAGCUGCUGAAGGACGCGGUGCAGCUGGACAGCCCGCAGCCCCAUGCCAAGGAUUCUGUGCUGGAAGGCGACUCUGUGCCGGUUUCGGUCCAGGGCUCACCAUUUUUGUUGCAGGUUUACACCCUGGGUGGGCCCCCGCCGGCGGUGCCAGAGGACUCGGUUGCAUAUGGAGGGACGCUCACACCACUGUCAACACAGAGCAGCAAAUCAGUGGCGAAGCGUGGUCGUCGCAUGUCACCGAGCUCCUUGGCAGCAUCCCGCGCUGCGGAACUCUUGGCCGCUACUUCGCAUCCAGUUUUGCAUUCAGCCCCGGAACCCCGAAGCGGCAAUGACUUGCCGUCAGGAUCAGCACCUGGGUCGCCUGCUGCGUCCCAAGAAGGGCCGUCAAACUGUUCAGACACACAGGCUGGCUUGACGGAGGUGAGCUUUGCGUCUGGAGUUGCUGCCGAGGCCGGCCGCGGGCCUGAGGACCAGGUGCUGGAGCUGCCUUUGGUAGCCGCUGGGUUGGACAACAGCGGCUCAUCGGUGCCCGGUCUGCCACAGCAGCAGCAGCGGCACCAUGAAGACAGUCACAGGCGGGAACAGAGCAGUCACGAGCGACGAAUCACUGAGGGUAGCUCCUCUGAGGCCGCGACGGCUGGUCCGAAUGGCCGGUUGGAUGGUUGCGGUAGCUCCUUCCAGUCGACCAGCUCAGGUGAACUGGGAGAUGGCCUGGUCGGAACCACGCCGAUGGGGUCGCCGGGGGCAGCAGGCAAGGCCGGUGGCGUAGGCGCGCUCACUGUGCCUGGGCGUCGUGUGAGCGGCGGGCCUGAAAAGAAGAGCUUCAAGCCUGUAGGCACCCUGGGCAUCACUGCAGCAGCAGCCACCCUGUCGGCAGUGAUGAGGUCAGCAUCGCCAUCACAGGCUGGGACCGGCGAUGCGGAUGCAGGCUCCUCUGCGGCUGCUGCAACAACCGUGGCGGCACCACUGGUGCUGUUAGGCUUUACGGCGGCGAUGCUGACUGCGGCGUCUGUGCUGACCAAUACUCGGGCUGCAGGUACCCUCUGUCCCCUGGAUAAUCCUUCCACCAUAGGCACCUUGGAGACGCAGGCGCAGGCCGCACCACUCCUGGUUACGAGGGCCGGCAGUGUAUCCGCAACCGCUGCCACGUCAGGGAGGGCGACCGGCAGUGGUGACGACAGCGAGGAUGCGACCAUGAGCGGUGACCGGAACUCGCAAUCCCAACUCUCUGACAACAGCACGAAGCACGACGCGCAGCCCGCGUUGUAUGCUUCCGCGUGGCCGGACGCAGCGGAUCAGCAGCAGCAACAACAACCGGUCAAGAAUAAAACUGCAUCUGUAGACGCCUUUUGCUUGCCAAACGUUCGCGGCACAGCCCCGCUAGCAACUGGCGCAUCUCCAGCUUCAGCAAGUAUUCCUGUCCCCCCGGACUCAAAUGCAAAUCGGCGGCAGAGGGCGCGCCACCUCAGCGAAUCUCCCGUGCGCGUGCUGUACUCUGUCCAUGCGUCCUUCACGGGUCCGCCGCCUGUAUCUUUCCAGGCGCAGCCUGAACAAUGGGGACCCGUGGUGCCUGUGGAGGCAACAGCCUUGCCUAUGCAGCUUACUUGCGAAUCUGCUGCGCAGACGGACGCACCGCUGGUUGAAUGUGCGGUGCAGACAGAGGUUGAGGUGCUGGGCAGAGUCAGGGCAGCAGGACUGAGUCGCGACGGCUCGGCAGCCUAUCAUAGCAGCAGAAGCCCGAGCUGCGACGGUGGGUGCAGCCAACGCGACAGCAGAAGCGGCAGCAUGGUGGCGGCACAACCACUUGCAGAGGUUACAGUUGAGCAACUGCUUAAGCCUGCCUGCCCCGAGGCAAGUGACACUGGUGCUGCGCCGGGCACUGCUGCCGACAGUGAAAAGAGUGAGAGCAGCCUGGCGCAGGCGGAUGCACAGAACUGGUGCAUGCCUUCGCUAGGUGCGGGGCCCUCGCUGCUCGGCGGCUCUGGGUUGGCAGCAUCGUCCGAGCAGCAAGCAAGGUGCAACCCACCGUCGACUGCCAGCAGCUCUACCGGCGCCUCCCUAUCCAGCAGCCCUGGUACUGCACCGGUCGCUAAUGCGUCUGCCGCCGCCCUGGGCUUGUGCUCAUCUGACUUGCACAGCCGCCCUGCGGCAGGGGUCGAGCAUGGCGUAGACAACGGCGCGGGCCCUGCUAGGCAUGCAGAAGGGACGCCGCGGCUGGGCCAUGACGCGCUAGACGGUCUCUUGGACCCAGAGGAGACGCUGCUGGCCGCCUCGGGCGCCGGCACCAGCAUCGGAACGCCAGCACUGGCACGGGGAUCCUGCACGGGCGCAUUGGUUGCCGUCAACUACGACACCGCUUCUGCGUCCGAACAGCUCGAGAUUAGUGAAGUUGUCGAAGGACACCUGCGACUGCUUGUGCAGCAGGAGCAACGGAUGGAAGGUGUCAAUUUACUUGUCGUUGAUGAAGGCGUAAGGUCCCUCACCCACAGCAGCUCCGUGUCGCAGCUGUCGCACAGCAUGUCAGGCGCGUCUGGCAGCAUCCCUGUAUCCGGGUCAAUAGGCUCGGGGUACUAUACACGCAUGCCCAGCAUCGCAAGCAGCAGCGAGACUGGGCCCGUGGACAUCGGCAGUCCUAAGGUUGGAACUCACAGUCGGUGGCCGUCAGAAGUCGCCAGGAUUUCGCGACAGAAUAGCGACAACUCUGCUGUUGGCAGCGGCAUUGACCCCAGCGAAACGGCGGCAGCAGACCCUGUGCACGACGCCGACCCUGGGCAGCGGGUGCUGCCAACAGAUUCGAUGCUUCCGAAAGAGCAACCAAUGCUGUGCUCACACAGCGCUCUUUUAGCAGCACCAGGCGGGGUCGGUAGCCCCAGUGUUCGGGAUAUGCAGGAGGGCAGCGAGUGCAAAAGACUGGAUGCCAACCCUGUUGCCGCGGAGCCGGGAUCGCUGCUCAGCGUCGACAAUGAAACUGCUGACGAUGCAGCUUGGCUACUGGGGCCAACAGCUGGCCGUGUCGGCACAAUUGGUCCCUCGUCGGCCGCCGCCUCUGCCCCGGAUUCCCCACGCAUCCCGUUGCCGCCCCCGCUUGCGCGCAGCGCCAACGUGUCACGCGGCGGCGCCUCCUCGCGUCGUUCAACGGCAGAGGCAGCCGGAGGCAGCGACCAUGCAGCUCAUGCAGACGGUUACUCAAGUCGCAAGUCUAGCAGCGGCAGCUGUGGAGGUCAUGCGGCAAUCUCCCAGAGCUUUACCCGGCCCCCUGAAGCUUCAGGCUGGCGCCAACACUGCUGGUCAUCUCGUUCGGCUGCAUACAGCGACCCGCUGCAUACCACUCGGUCAAUUGCCUGCUCAGACGGUAACCAGCUUGCCACGCCCCUCUCGUACGGGGCCUGUGGCUCAGCAAUUGAGCGUUCGGGCACUGUUCAUGGACCCGAGGUGCUCGCCGGCAUCACCGACAGUAACAGCAACAAUGGAGAAAACAGCGGGAGGUCCGGGAGGUCGAGCAACAGCAAUGCAGUUGCCGGGCCGAGCUGGGGCCCUGCAACUGCCUCCUUGGCCGCUAUAGGUGUCUUUCGACGUUCCCGGGGUGUGGCCGGCAGAGUCGAUAUCGUCAGCGGUGUGGCCCCUCCUGAUCCUCAAGCCGUGAAUCCCGCGGCAGCUUUGCCAUGCGCCUUAGGUGCAGCUUCCUCGCAGCCCACAUCGGUAUCCCCCGACCGCACUGCUGCUUCUUUGGUUACCUUAGGCGUCUUCCGACGUUCCCACGGUGCGACCGGAUGGGCCAACGUCACCAGCUGUGCGGGCAGUCCUGGACUGCAAGUCGGCAAUUCCGCGGCACCUUUUCCUGGGGGUUUCGAUGCUACUUCCUUGCAAAAGACACCGGUAUGCCCCGCUGUUACGGCUGCUCCUUUGGUUCCCAUCGGCGCCUCCCGACAUUCUCAGGGUGCAGCUGAAAAGGACAGCAUUGCUGGCUAUGUGGGCAGUCCCGGCCCGCGGACCCAGAGCCACCCUCGGCCGUCGCCAGGCGCGAUAGGUACUGCCACCUCGCAGGCAGCUCCGGUGUCCCCGGAUCCCACGGCGGCUGCGUUGGUUGCUAUCGGUGUGCUCCGACAUCCAGCCGGAAAGGAUGGUGGUGUUGGCCAUGGGGUCAGAUCUGGCCCAUGGACCAGCAGCAGCCCUGCACCAUCUUCCCGCGACGCGUCCGGUGCAGCAUCUUCGCAGGCAACAGCGACACCGGUGUCGCCUGAUCUGUCGGACAUUUCCUCGACUGCCUACGCGGAAGGCAUGUACACGUACGGCAGUCCGCGGAUGCGGCAGGCCUCGGACAGAGGGCACACGGGGGGCGGUGCAAGGACAUCCCGCUUUGCCGCCAACGUGAGGGACGACCUGUUUCACAAUCCACUCUACGGCGCUUUGGGCAAGGAAUCCUCACCAGGACUUGAUCAAGUAGCGCAGACACGGAGGAACCAUGAUAUCACCCGUUGGGGUGUGCUCCCACUUGUGCCCUACUCGGACGGGCGGCUCUACGGCACGAUGGGCGGCAACGGUUACGGCACGUCAACAUGCACGUCCUCCCCCGCCCACGGGAGUACAGCGCAGCCGAGCGCGCGGGUCGACGCAGCGACCAAUGUCUGGCGGCGAUGGACGCGGGAUGAAAUGGCGUCACCAUACAAAAACGAUGGCGGCGACGAAGUGCGGGGUGCUGCUAGUGAGCGCGGCGCUGCGUUAAAUGAGGCGUGGCGCUCAUGUGUGGCAGAGGCGGCCCACAGGCUGCUGGCCGACAGGCGGCGAACGGACGGCUCGGUGAGCGGUUCCCGAGCCCGCAGUUUAGCCUUUGAAUGCGACGAUGCCGCAACGGCGCAACCCCAGCCCUCCAAGAGGGCCCGCACGCAACAUCAGCAGCCGGAGUCGCCCACCAGCACAAUGUUGAGCCCGUCGCAACACCAGCAACGCGCGGGGCAGCACCUACAGGAGCCUGGCACGUCAGCACCACUGCAGGGUUUGGUCAGUCCGCUAAUGGUUCUCAAUCCUGCCUACGUUCAGUCUACCGGUGGUUCUCCCCCGCUCACAUCGUCGCCACCUGUCACAAAUCGUGAUGCCUGGGCCACACGCGCGGAUGUGGCGCAACGUGAGGGUCCUGCAGGCGCUAGAGUGGGCCUUACAGAAGGGAGCAUUGCGGCCCCAAAGAUAGAGCUGGCCAUUGUUACGCCAGGUCACCUGGACGAUGGUGUGGACGUAGGUUAUGGGCCGGCAGAUCAACGUACCUCCCAGCAUGCCACGCCGAGGAACCGUGAUAUGAUCCAGCUUCAGGAGUCUGGUUGGGACAGCAUACAGGGCUCUCCUUCGAGCAACCAGGCAGCUCACGCGGCGGCUCUGCUGCGGCAUGCUAAUGAUGCCGUGGACGUCGCACGGGAGGCCGUACAACGAGGCGAUGCGCAAUGGCUCUCACGUGUCGCUGUGACGUUGCAAGCUGUUCAGUCGGCCCUAGACGCCCUUCGUGAAUUUUGAUGAAACUUUUGUUGGAAGCAUUGAUUGACUGCUGAGAAGGGCAGUUGACCAGUUGUGUAAGGAGUUGUAUACGGCAGCCAACGGGUUUUUCCAUUAACGACCACGAUGACCGCAUGCCAAUGGAAAGAGAUAUGAUUAUGCAUGCCUAAGCAUUGUGGAAGCUUAUGGUAAGCACUUACUGCAUUGUCCGGAGAUUUUCGACGCCAUUGAGCUUGAGUAAUUUUGCUUCAGCGUUGGUCCAACAUGCUU